GUCGGCUCAAGUCGAUUCAGUUGGUGUUCAGCGGUCGUUGCCGGUUGUCGUUGUUUACAAUUGUAGUACUCGCGUGUACAAGCUGCUGAUCGUAGCGGCAUUAGAGUGUUCCUAGUGAUAGGCAGCUUUCGUAAUCGAAGAAGACGCGAGCGGAGAUGAAUGUGACGAAAGCAGCUUAAUAUCUGGGGCGAAGUUUGAUUGCCGCGUUCUACUGACCCAGAAUAUAGGGCCUGCCCUGCUUGUCAAACGUGCUCUAGUCGGUCAAAAGUGUGUGCUGAUAACUCGGGCCCGAAAUGGUUUUCACCAACAACAGAUGCUCUCAGUUACUAAAUAAAGUGUGAUUAGUGAAAUCGUAAAGCAAUAUUUACUCAGAAAACAGAUUCUGUGCCUUGACUUACUGAAGUACACGAAGAAAUAAACACAACGCUUGCAACGCCCCACUGAUUACCAAAAGUGGAUAACAUUCGGACGCGCGGGGUGUGUUCUUAUAUCGGUAACGGAAGAAAGUAAUGUGCAUAGUAGUGACAUGAUGGAGAGCAACACCAUGGAAAAGCGUACAGAUGAUGACAUCAACGUGCUCCCGGAAAGUUCGGACGAAGAUUUUUCCAACGAGGAGCAAGGCAGCGUGGAAAAUGUGCUGAAGCUGGUCAAGAGUGCAGCGCAGCUCUCCGUGGACAACAUCGAGUGCACUCCCGGAAGCCAGCAAGGCGAUAACUACAUGUCGAUCAUCAAGCGCGUUCAGGUGCGCGGAAAACGGCGAAUGUGCUCCGGGAAAAGCAAAGUCUUCAGCAUCUCUCUGAUCUUCAAACGGCAGUUCCUCAACCCCCAGCGGCGGAAGCUGUUUCGAUCGGACGAAGCCUUCGCCAACGAAAUUACCGUUUAUGAUCAGCUGAUUCCAGUUAUGAAACGCUUUUCGCAGGAUCGAUUGCCGUUCCCGGUAUGUCACUACGCCGGCAAGGACUCCGAAGGGGACCUAAUUGUCAUGGAGGAUCUCACGUACUGUGGCUUCCACAUGGUCGACCGGAGACAGAACCUUAGCUACCGCCAGUGUCGAACCGUUGUGGAGGAGCUGGCCAACUUCCAUGCCGUUUCACUAGCGAUGAAGCUCGUGAAACCAGCCCAAUUUGAAAACAUGAAGCAAAAGGUUACCGAAAUUGUGUACACUGACGCCGCAGCCGAGUUCUACACUCGCUCCCUGGAAACUUCCCUUCGUGGUACUCUGGACAGCCUACACUACAGCAAUAAAGAUGGUAGUCUUGAUGCCGCUAUUAAAGCAAUAGAACACCUCAGUGGUCGAAUGUAUCAAAUCAUGUCUGCAGUUGUGCGCGGCAGUCACGAACCUUAUAAAGUUCUGUGUCACGGUGAUGCCUGGGUAAACAAUUUCAUGUUCAACGAAAGCCACGAUGAAGUCAAGCUGAUUGAUCUGCAAACCACGCGAUAUACUUCUCCGGUCAUUGAUAUUCUGCACCUUCUCUACACUAGCACAAGUGUAGAGAUAAGAAACACCCACACCGUGGAACUACUUCAUAAUUAUCAGCAUGCGCUGAUCAAAGCCUUACGCUUGUACGUACCUGAGAAAGAUAAAUCCGGCCUCCCGGAACUUGAGGCCACCUUCAGCUACGAAAGCAUUCGCGCUGAGUACGACGAACGAAUCAUGUACGGCUUGGGCAUUGCCAUGUGGCUUCUACCGGCGGUCACCUUCCAUCCUGAUCAAAUACCAGACCUGGACACGGUUACCAUGAAGGACUUCGAAACUGAUAGCCACCAGAAAACGAUCGCUCAAAUGCUGUCGCCCGAUUUCCAUACUCGCAUGAAGGACACCGUCUUGGAGUUUUAUCGCAAGGGAUUUUUGGAUAAUAUUUAAGUUAUCGAUUUAAUUGUGCUGCAAGAUUUUCACCAUUUUAGUAUUAAUAGUCGAAAUAGUACACCAGAAUGCCAUUCCAUUAUUUCGGUUUUUUAAACAGGGUCAUAUGCCUUUAGCCACAAGAAACAUACGUAAUAGCUCUACUUUACAGGCUUGUGUAAUAUGUAGCUCCAAUUUAAUUUUGAAAUAAUCCGCCAUGUUAAUCAGUACUUGUUUGUCGCUAGCGUUACUUCAGUAUGAGCAAAAAUAAAUUACAGCCUCUCACCGCCAUCGUAUUAUCAAAAUGAUUAACUAUCAUAAUGUUGGUGUUGGUAAAAUUUUCAUAUUUACACAUGCUCGAACGAAAAUAUAUGACAGACAGAAGAAACCCUCGAAAAAAAAAUCCCAUCUUGUAACAUUGAUGAUUCAUCACACCCAAAUACGUAAAGGUUACGAAUAAUAUUCGGGCUGUUUCGUCUGCAUGUAGACAUGCAAACUGUUCUUUGCGCUGUAGUUUCUUAUGAAGAGACAUAUUUAUUCGCCAAUGUAGCGCCACACAAACUAGCUAGUCAAAGAAGAUAUUGUAACCACUCUAGUAUAAAUAUAUUCAAAGUAAAAUCACAAACAAGGAAAUAGCUUUCAAAUUUUAAACGAGUUACCAUAGGCUAAAAUUUUAUUUAUAUAUUCUUCAAUAUAUACUUCAAUAUAUAGUUUAUAAGUUUACAGAGAAAGAUGUUCAAGCAUAUUAAUGUUAGAAAAAUACACAUAUUCCGCAAUAAAACUUUCGCCAUCGAUAGCGUCCUUAUCAAA